UGAGCAGCCGGAGUAAACACCCAGCGCCUGAGGCUCCUAAAGCGCUCACACUUCCAGCCCUGUUCAUCACCGCACAGUCGAACACAGCAGCUCUUAUCGGAUCUCGGAUCUACCGGAGCAGAGACUCGCCAUUACAGCGGAUUUAACGGAAUUCCAAGAUUUUUCUCUUUCUUUUUCUUUUUUCAAAUCAAUCGAGCGCGCGCGAUUCAAUCUCUUCAGCUUAGUCCAGGUCUCUGAGCGAGAGUGGGGGCUCCUCCCUUUAGCACACCGACUUGAAGAGGAAUUUGGCAGUAACGUACUACCUGAGGGAUGAGUGAGGUUUCUUCCACAUUAUUAAAGCGUGGUCGCCUGGUCAGGGCCGAGACUGACCCAGUUUGCAGCCUUCAUACCUCUCCCAGUCAGGAUGCUUCAGGAGACAAAGAACCAAGCUUCCCUCUCGCCUCAGUGGCCGGCGUCCUGGAUAUGGAGGAUAACAGCCCGCCUCCUGCGACCCGACCAGAAGCCAAGCCAAAUCUUCGCAACAAGUUCCAUGGAGCCUUCAAGAAGGGCAUCGCCCACCCCAUGGACCGGCACGAUUCCUCCAACUACGAGGCUUCGGUGACCACGGGGCCUAAACAGGCCCCCAUGGACUCACUUUUCGACUAUGGAACGUAUCAUGCUGUCAGUAACCAAAAAUGGCGUAGGAAGAAACUUCCUCGAGGGAACACGGAGAGCAUGGCGCCAUGUGAGGAGACCAGCUCAGACCCUCCGAGGGCUCUGAAGCUGUUUAAUCGUGCGCUGAUUUUCGAUGCCGUGUCUCGAGCUGACCCGGGUGCUCUGGAUGGUCUGCUGGAGUUCCUGCAGAGCCGGAACAAGAGACUGACGGACGAGGAGUUCAGAGAGCCGUCCACAGGGAAAACGUGUCUUCUUAAAGCUCUGCUGAAUUUAUAUGGUGGGAAGAAUGACACCAUCCCGCUGUUGCUGGACAUCGCGGAGCAGACGGGAAACCUGCACGAGUUCGUCAACACGCCCUUCAGGGACCUCUACUACCGUGGUCAGACGGCGCUGCACAUCGCCAUCGAGCGACGCUGUAAACACUACACUGAGCUGCUGGUGGAGAAAGAAGCUGAUGUUCACGCUCAGGCUCGGGGACGCUUCUUUCAGCCCCGAGACGAGGGGGGAUAUUUUUACUUUGGUGAGCUCCCGCUCUCGCUAGCCACCUGCACUAACCAGCCCGUACUGGUGCACUAUCUGAUCGAGAACAGCCACAAGAAGGCAGACCUGCGGCGUCAGGACUCGCGCGGCAACACCGCCCUGCAUGCGCUCGUGCAUGUAGCAGACAACACACGUGAAAACACACGCUUCGUCACCAAGAUGUACGACCUGCUGCUUGUCAACAGUGCCAAACUUUACCCAGAAUGCAACCUGGAGCAGCUGCUCAACAAUGAUGGCAUGUCACCACUCAUGAUGGCAGCCAAACUCGGCAAGAUCGGGGUUUUCCAGCACAUCAUCCGGAGAGAAAUCAAAGAUGACGAGGUGCGUCACCUGUGCAGGAAGUUUAAGGACUGGGCGUAUGGACCUGUCUACUCGUCUCUAUACGACCUGUCCUACCUUGACACGUGCGGCGAAGACGUCUCUGUGCUGGAGAUCCUCGUCUAUAACAGCAGGAUUGAGAACCGUUAUGAGAUGUUGGCUGUGGCGCCAAUUAAUGAGAUGCUGGGGGCAAAAUGGAAAAAAUUUGCCGCCGUGACUUUUUACAUCAGCGUGGUAUCAUAUCUCAUCACCAUGAUCGUCUUCACGCUCGUCGCCUACUAUCGUCCUUCAGGAAGCACGCCUCCGUUUCCAUACGUAACGACGGGAGACAAACUGCGUCUGGCCGGAGAACUCCUCACCCUCAGCUCUGGAUUGUUUUUCUUCAUAAGUAAUACAAAGGACCUGUUUCUGAAGAAAUGUCCGGCAGUGAGUUCGUUAUUUAUGGAUGGAUCAUUUCAACUCCUGUACUUUAUGUACUCUGUGCUGGUGUUGGUGACGGCGGCUCUGUACCUUGCCGGGGUGGAGGCCUACGUGACGGUGAUGGUGUGUGCGCUGGUGUUAGGAUGGCUGAACACACUUUAUUUCACUAGAGGCUUCAAACUCACUGGCACGUACAGCAUCAUGAUCCAGAAGAUUCUGUUUAAAGAUCUGUUCCGCUUCCUGCUGGUGUACCUUCUCUUCAUGAUUGGCUAUGCCUCAGCUCUGGUGUCUCUGCUCAAUCCGUGUCCCCCCAACAGCACGUACACCAGGUGGAACAUCACAACAAAGUCAUACUGCCGAGACACGGUAGCUUUCAGCACCUUUCUGCUGGAACUGUUCAAGUUGACCAUCGGCUUGGGAAACCUGGAAGAAAUGCUCCAGGGGAUGCAGUACCCUGAAGUCUGCCUCAUUCUCGCAGUCACCUACAUCGUCCUCUCCUUUGUGCUCCUGCUAAACAUGCUGAUCGCACUGAUGGGACAGACUGUCACCAAGGUGAACAAACAGAGCAAGAAGAUCUGGAAGCUGCAGUGGGCUACAACUAUCCUGGACAUUGAGCGCUCUUUACCUGUGUGCCUGCGCAAAAAGUUCCGUGUAGGAGAAAUGGUGACCGUAGGGAAGACCUGGGAUGGGAUGCCUGAUAAACGCUGGUGCUUCAGAGUGGAUGAGGUGAAGUGGUCAGACUGGAACCACAAUCUGGGAAUCAUUAAUGAGGAUCCCGGACAGAAAGAACAAAAUGAACAAGUACACACCAACACGAAACGGCUUCGACGAGAUCGCUGGUCCUCGGUGGUUCCCCGUGUAGUGGAGCAGAGUCGAGACUCCAGAUCCAGAGACCAUGUGGUGGAGAUGAUGCCCCUGAAGCACAGAAACUCAAACUAGACCUGGACUGAACCACGGAACUGCGAUGAAAUUUGAAAUGUUAUUUCAAUCACUGUGGAACACCUACAUCCACUUCUAUCUCCACACACACAGGAGUGAACAUCUAAAGCUGCUGUAGACAUGAUGCCGCAACAAUACGGUCAGGAGCAUUCAUGGCCACACAGAGACAGAACCGGACUGAAACAGGACCAGACCAGGACAGGACUGUAACAUGGAAACACAACAGGAAGGACCAAAUUCACAAUGAUCAAUAAAUAAACACAGAACAAGGGCUUAAACAAAGACAAUACAGUAACAGAUAGAUUGGGAACAGAACAGAUCUAGAUCGGUCCAGAAGACUGGAAUCAGAUGGGAACUAGAUCAUGAUCAGAACAGGAGCAGGUCCAAAUCCACUCCAAUGACUGUACAGGACAGGAAGUCCAAAUCAGCUGAAGUAAUUUCAUAUAGACAAUCUUUUUUUAUCAUUCUUUUUCUUUAAUGUAUAAUUACGUGAUUAAGUGAUGUUAUUUUUCGGCGUUCUUUCUCAGGGAUGUGUCUGGAGACAAUCUGGUUGUUGUUUGGUGAUCAUAAAAAAGGAUAAAGACAUCGUUAAUAUGCAUUAAUGAAAAGCCAAAGGCAACCGUGAUACAAAAUUAGUAUUAGCAAAUUUUUCUUGCGUUUGCUGCUUUUGAAGAAAGAGAAUGUUUUCAUGACGUACUGGGUUAAGUCCAGAUUUAUUUAUGAUGAAGUAUUAAUCAGGUUUAAAAAACCUCUGCCAAUAUUGAUCAGCGGUUCAUCAUCCAAAAUGUUAUAAAGCUGAAACUCUUGUAAACACGGCACUUUGUUCGUUCUCUCGAGGAUUUUUACAAUCACACAUCCAAAUCCGCGAAAAAUGCAUGCAAGAUCAAAUGAAACAUUUUAUUUGAUAUUGCACACUUGUCAUUGUGGCCAAAUUAGCAAACAGUUCUCAGGACUCUACAGUGCGACCAUAAACACUACAACUCCAAAAUGCAUCUACACCGCACAACAAUUACUUUCACACUGCUUUUCAUCUCCUCAGGCAACCAAGCAAGUGUGUAAAUACUGCAGAGAAGCAGUUAUGAUGACAAGUAACUCUGUACAUCAUCUGCUUCUCUCAACUCUCUGAUCUCACAAGACUCCAUCUUUUAUUGAUCCCGCAAAAUGACCUGAACCUGCGACUGUGACCUGCUCGUGUUGCUGAAAGACUGAAGGUGGAACAGGUUAACGGUUGUUUUUUUGCAUACAGUCUGUAAAAUUAACUGAAAAUAUUAAAUGUAGUUUAUCAGGAGGUAAAUUAAUGUAUCAUGGCUCACACUGUGUUCCUAAAUUCUGUUAUAAUUGACAAGCUCAAGUUUUCUCAUGCCUAUGUGUUAUAUUGUGGAACGUUAAUGUUACCAUCUCUAAUUUUUUUUUUUAAACUAAACUUCAUCCACACUCCUAAAUUUUUGUAAUUAGCCACACAAGUGCUCCUAAAAAUGGUUGCCAUAGAGCCCUGGUUAUGCGUUGUAUCAGUUUGGUCCAAAUAACAUUUUUAAAUCUUAAACCUGAACAUCUGGAUCACAAGGUGCCUCACAAUCACUUUUUUUUUUUUUUGCAUAUUGUUCAUUUUUGGCUUGUACAUAGUUCUUUUAUAUCUUUAUAUUGUGUUCUAUGCCUGUACAGUCUGAUACAUAAAGGAACUUUUUUUUAAUGUUCUGAAAGUCACAUGACUUAAUUUACAAGUAAAUAUAAAUGUAAUUCAGAAGCAGAUUAUAUAGUUAUAUAUUUAGAAAUUAAGAUGAAUGAUAUACAUGAUAAUGGAAUACAUUUGAUAUUUACAAUGAAAUCAAAUGUAAAAGGUUUGUAGUCUGCACACUACUGUACACAAUACAUCAUCAAGGCUGAGGCAGCCCUUUUAUUUAUGGAACUCCUUUAAACAACUGUACAAAUACAAUAAAUAGGUAUAAAUCAAAUACA